AUGCUUAUCAACAACACAUAUUGCAUCAUACGCCCUGCACAUAGCUUGAGCCAUGCCGGUUCAGCUCAGAAGAAGGCCUGGAUCAUCGGCACCCAAGACCUGUUUCUCUACAACUCAAUUCAGAGUCCCCUCAACAGUGUUGCUGUUGAGAACAUUUCAGGCUCAGCUCUUCUAUCCAAGCUGCCUCCUGAGGUUGUCACCAUGAUCUUCGACCAAGCGCCACAGGUGGACAAGAUCAUGUUAGCGAUGACCUGCAAAAGUUUACUCGCCACUUCGCGACUGUGCGGCCUUUCUGUACCUCUCCGUGAAUCGCACAUGGCUACUUGGAAUGGACCAGACUCUUCAACCUCUGUUUCGGCCAAGGGACGCCCGUGGUCGACCAAGUAG